AGUUAUCUUUCCGUCUAGAGAAAUAUCCUCACCAAAAUAAUAACAUGUAAUGUGUAUACAGUAUACCUAAUCAAUCAUUAUCUUUCUUUAAUUUUGUUGGAUUUUUUGCAUAUUGCAAAGUUUAGAACGCGAGCGAAUUCUCCGCGGAAUUGGGGUUAAAAGGAAGAACUUUUAGGGUUUUUGAUUCUUCGGGUUUUCUCGUGCUUUGAUUCCUUUCAAGUCAAAGCAAAGCAUUACCUUUUCUCGUCCAUAUCUUUUGACGACCUAAGUUUCUGCUGUGAAUUGUUAAACAGCCAUCAGCCUGGGCUUGAUUAGCCAACCCUGUUAAGGCAGGGUUUGAACUAAAAGUGAGAUAGUGAGAUGGAUGUCUCAGCACUUUUAACGUCUGCUGGGAUUAAUAUAGCGAUAUGCGUAGUGCUUGUAUCGCUUUAUUCCAUUCUACGAAAGCAGCCAGCCAAUUAUUGUGUUUACUUUGGUCGAUUGCUUUCUGACGGAAGAGUUAAACGUCAUGAUCCUCGUUGGUAUGAGAGGUUCGCGCCCUCUCCUAGUUGGCUCGUGAAAGCUUGGGAAACCACUGAGGAAGAGAUGUUGGCUGCUGCUGGUCUGGAUGCUGUGGUUUUCAUCAGGAUGGUCAUUUGCAGCAUUCGUAUUUUCUCAAUCGUCGCAGUCGUUUGCCUUGCCUUUGUGUUACCUGUUAACUAUUAUGGACAAAAGAUGGAGCACAAGGAAGUCCAUUUGGAGUCAUUGGGAGUAUUCACAAUUGAGAACCUUAAUCCACGCUCACGAUGGCUCUGGGUUCAUUGUCUCUCAUUGUACAUCAUAUCCUCUGCAGCAUGUGCUCUUCUUUACUUUGAGUAUAAGAACAUAGCCAAAAAGAGGCUUGCCCAUAUUAGUGGAUCUGCCUCAAAGCCAAGUCAUUUUACUGUUCUUAUUCGUGCUAUUCCUCAGUCUCCUGACCAGUCCUACAGCGAGACAGUGAGCAAAUACUUUACAAAUUACUAUGCACCAAGCUAUGUGUCGCACCUAAUGGUCUACCGUGAUGGCUUCAUUCACAGACUGAUGAAUGAGACGGAGAGGAUGUGUCAGGCUAUAAAACAUGUUUCUCCUGAUUUAAGUUGUAAUCCGAGUUUGAAGUCAUGCGUCCUUUGUGGACCUGCAGCCACAAAUUCUUUUCAAAUCAUCUCGAACGAGACAGACAGUGUCAAAGGAUUGGAGCUUGGUGAGUUGACUUUGACUACGACAGAGGAAGAACGUCCCGUUGCUUUUGUGUUUUUCAAGAGUCGUUAUGAUGCUCUUGUUGUUUCAGAAGUUCUUCAAACACCAAAUCCUAUGUUAUGGGUGGCAGACUUGGCUCCAGAGCCUCAUGAUGUUCACUGGAGAAAUCUCAGAAUACCUUAUCGGCAGCUUUGGAUGCGAAGAAUAGCAACCCUUGUUGGUGCAAUUGCCUUCAUGUUUGUGUUUCUUUUUCCUGUUACCUUUGUUCAAGGGCUGACUCAACUACCAACGUUAUCCAAGAAUUUUCCUUUUCUAAAAGACCUCUUGAACAGGAGGUUUAUGGAGCAGGUCAUCACAGGGUAUUUACCAAGUGUGAUUUUGGUUCUAUUCUUUUAUACCGUUCCGCCAUUGAUGAUGUACUUUUCAACCUUGGAGGGAUGUGUUUCUCGGAGUCAAAGAAAAAAAAGUGCAUGUCUCAAAAUUUUAUACUUCACCAUCUGGAAUGUGUUCUUCGUCAAUAUUCUAUCAGGCUCUGUUAUCAGGCAGUUUACCGUCUUGAAUAGUGUGAGGGACGUACCUGCACAACUUGCGAAACUUGUUCCAGCACAGGCUGGCUUCUUCAUGACCUAUUGUUUCACGUCUGGUUGGGCCGGUUUGGCAUGUGAAAUCAUGCAACCUGUAGGUCUUAUUUGGAAUCUGAUUGCAAAAGUUAUUGUUAAGAACAAGGAGGAGUCAUAUGAAACACUUAGGUUUCCCUACCAUACAGAAAUUCCAAGACUACUUUUGUUCGGGCUCCUGGGUUUCACCAAUUCAGUCAUAGCGCCUCUGAUACUGCCGUUUCUGCUGAUCUACUUUUUCUUCGCAUAUCUUAUAUACAAAAAUCAGAUAAUCAACGUCUAUAUUACAAAGUAUGAAAGCGGUGGACAAUAUUGGCCUGUUUUUCACAACACUACAAUCUUUUCACUGAUCUUGUCGCAAGUUAUAGCUCUAGGCUUUUUCGGGUUAAAGCUAUCAACGGUUGCUUCAGGUUUCACCAUCCCGUUAAUCCUUCUCACUCUUCUAUUUAGUGAGUAUUGCCGGCAAAGGUUUGCGCCCAUAUUCCAGAAAUAUCCAGCCGAGAUUCUUAUCGCUAUGGACAGAGCAGAUGAGAUGACAGGAAAGAUGGAAGAGAUACAUAACAACUUGAAAGUUGCAUACUCUCAGAUACCAACGUGUUCUGAAGAAUCCAGCAAAGCUGGUUGCACUUCUCCUUGCUCAGAUCAGGAGUUACCAGAUUCUGAAGAGUUGAAGCCUGAGAAAGAGAAUCUUAAAGCUGAUUACAUAUGGGAGUUCCAGAGAAGUAAAUCUGGUCUUGAUCUUGAGGUGAAAUCCUGUCCCAGUGCUUCCCCAAUUCGUAAUUCCCCAGGGUUUGCCGAGAUCUACAAACGAACAUAGAUACUUGAGUUACAAUGUAUACUUUAUAACUCUGCAGAUGAAAAGGUGUUUUUGCAGUUGAGUUACAAUUUUAGUAGUUGAAACCCUUAUGGGUGAUGAAAGUAAGAAGUGGGGAAAGCCAUUGAAACGUAUAUACAGUUUUGCCUCCUAAAAUGAAAUGUAAAUUUGGAGUUACUGCAGGAGGAAAUGAAACUAUCCUUGGAAACACUUGUCUACAAGUACAAUAGACGAUUCUUUUCUUUGUCAUAGUUUUGUGAAAGA